CUCCAGUUAGGAAUCAAACUGAUGUUGUUAAUGAUCCAUUCAUCACAAGAAUAAUGACUGGUAUUCACAAGUGGCGUCCUUCAUCUGCAAAGUAUAAAGAGAUAUGGGAUGCAAACCAAUUUGGUUUAGCAAGAUCAUCAGACUUGGUGAAGUGGUCGUUCAAAGGUCUCAUUAAUACUACUGACUCAAUCAAAGGUCCAGUUAUUAAUGCUAAAGAACAAAGAAGUGGUGUUGUUUCAAUCUUAGAAUUAACAUGGUUAGAUGAUACAAACUCUCAAGUAUGCCCUGUUCGCCACCUUGCAACAUACCUUAGAGCCUCUAAAGGAAGAAGAAAGCCCCAUUCGGGUGACUCUGUCUUUAUUAAGAAUGAGGGUGAACCGCUCCAAGUUAAUGAUAUUAAUUCAAUUGUAUUAUCAACACUCUCAAAGUCAGGCAUUGAUAUUGCCAAGUUCAAAUCUCACUCUACCCGUUCCGCUAUGGCUUCUCUGCUGUUGUCCAAUAACGUUCCGUUCCACGUUGUCAAGAAGAUGGGUCGUUGGAAAUCAAAUGAUACUGUAGAUACCUUCUACGAUAAAAGAAUCAUUGGUGAAAAAUCUGGUGGUUUCUUAAAUACUGUCGUCCAAAUUUCAUAA